CCAACAGGUUUUAUUCUCGACUCAGUGAAGUCGGAUGGAUUUUUCGAGGGGACAGUCGCCGGUGAGGGUGACAAUUGCUCGUUUACUGACCGCCCGUUUGUUGACACUCAAACGCAUUGACUGGGAUCAAUCAGCACACACUGGGAUUUUUUAUUCAUUCGUGUAUAAACGCAGGAGGUUUGUAACAUCUGACACAACUAGCCGGUUAUAUGCUCGUGCAUUUGGCCGCAGAGAGCAGCACCGGGAGGAGAGAGCUCUCACAAAUGAGCCAAAUGAAGCUGAUCAGGUCAGGGGAAGUAAUGUGAGGAGAGGGAUUGUUCGUCAAUUACAAACAACGAAAUGGGUUCUUCAUGGAGAAUAUGAAUUUCAAGAUCCAAAAUCGGAGGAAGAAGUAGUCCACGUAACAUUCAUCGACAAAGAUGGAAAAAGAAUAAGUGUCCGUGGAAAAAUCGGCGAUAAUGCAUUGUAUCUAGCUCAUAGGUAUGGAAUCCCCAUGGAAGGUGCGUGUGAAGCAUCCCUAGCGUGUACAACAUGUCACGUAUACGUUCACCACGAUUACGCCGACAAACUUCCAACGGCAACUGAUCAGGAAGAAGAUCUGUUAGAUCUGGCUCCAUUUCUCAAGGAGAACUCGAGAUUAGGUUGUCAGAUAACACUAACGAAAGAGCUGGAUGGAAUUGAAUUGGAAUUACCGACAGCCACGAGGAACUUUUACGUCGACGGACACAAACCGGCGCCUCACUGAAAUACUAGAUUGUAUCAUGUACGAAAAAAGUUGUUGGGAAAAUCUAGCCCAUUCGCCGGAAAUUGUAUUGAAUUCCUGUUGAAUUUCUAUUGAAAAAAAUUGUUUUUUUUCGAUAGAAAUUUUCCAUUGAAAAUAUUUUAUGGAAAAAAUCCGUAUAAUUCCAGGGAGUAACCCUAGGUUUUUCUACAAACUUUUUCGUGUGCCUGAUUCCAAAACCUGUACAGACUACCCAUAAUUAUAGUUAUUAAUCAUAAAUUAAGAAUAAAAUUGACGAUUACCGAAAAA